AUGGUUGAUUCCUCAGAAUCCUGGCUAAUAUUCUUUUUCCAUUGUGUUGGAAGUCUCUCAAUUGUUUUAAACUGCGGAACGAUUUUUCUAAUUCUAUUCAAAAGUGAUAAAAUUGACACUUUCAGAUUUUAUCUUCUUAUUUUCCAGGUUCUUUGCACUCACACAGAUCUCCAGUUAACUCUUUUAAUUAUUCCGAUGCCAAUUUCCCCGUUAAUUGCUGGACAAUGUAAUGGAAUUCUAGCGACAUAUUUCAAGAUUUGGUCGCAUUAUCUUAUUGCAUUUAUCAUCACUGCAAUAAUUGCUCAAAUGGAGUGUUUGGUGUUUUGUUUUGCCAAAAAACAUCAGAUUAUUGCAAAUUUGGUGUCCCGGCAUGUUUUGUCCAAUCGAUGGUUUAUUUCUGGAAUCGUUGUGACUUUUUUGGUGCCAAUUGUAAUUGGAUUGGUUUUUAGUCAAUCUGCAAUGAGAAGAGAAGAUCAAUUGGAUUAUGUUAGAGAGCACCACCCCGCCUUCCUCGAGAAACUAUCUCACCUUGAAAAUUUCUCAAUCUACUCCUCGAAUCCAUUGCUUAUUAUCGUUUUAUCUGUUACUUCAAUCGGCGGAUUUUUAUGUGGAUUAAUGUUUCUUUUCAUCACAAUCGACAUGUUAAAAAUGCUAAAAGAAGUUCAAACCAAAGUCUCCGCAGCUAGCUUUCGUCGUUAUAAAAAUGCAGUGAACAGUCUUCUGGCUCAAUUUUCCACGUCAUCACUUCUCCUGGCUCCACUUUUUUUGUUCGUGGUUUUGACAGCUGCUCAGAUUGAGAAUUCAGAUGAUGCAGCUGAUAUUAUAGUGGCCAUGAUGGCGUGGCAUAGUCCUGUGAAUGCAAUUGUACUGGUUGUCACAACACCGCCAUAUCGGAAUUAUAUAUUACGAAAAUCCCCACACCAAAGUACUGCUCGAGUCAACACAUUCUCCGGACACCACAGCCACGGAAGCUUCAGUCGCCUUAAAAACUUCUUUAAAUUCCAAUAA